UCUGUCACACACACGCACACACUCACACACACUGAGAGGUAGUAGAGAUGGCGGUGGUGAGGAGGAUGGUGGGGAGAAGCUGGUGCUCUGCUGUCGGGUUUGCGGGGUUUUUCGCGGUUCUGCAGCUGGGAGUAGUUGUGAGCGGGAAUGGUACACUUCCUGUGACGUCGGAAAGCGCAAACGUUUCGGACCCUCAGCCAAACGACACCCCCGUGCUCCCGUCAACUCCUGACAAGAACGCGUCAACCACCGAAAACCUGCACAUAGUGUCUGAAGCUAAAUCUACGGUGGACAGUACUCAUCUAACGUCUGUCACCACUGCAGCUUCCUCCACUACCCACCCGCCCACAACACCCCCCCCAACCAAACAAACCACUGCGGGGAAAUUAGAAGACCCCAAACCCCCUGAGCAGAAACCGAAAGAGGAACCGAAAGAGGAGACAAAGAAACCGGAGGAACCGGAGACUCCGCCAACUCCUCAGAAACCCACGAUCACUUCUGAAUCCAGGUCAUUCGGUCCCACUGAAAAGCAGAAGCCAGCAUCAGCUCUGGAGGUGGAGUCCACCACCUAUCCCUCUGAGAUACAGUCAGAAACCUACGAUGAAGAUGACGACGAAGACGAUGAAUAUAUGAAAGAUAAUACCCAAGAUAAAUUUUUCAAUUCUAAUCAAGAGGAUGAUUAUAUCCAGGAUAAUGAUAAAGACCGUCCUGAGAAACCAGGGAAGAUUGAUGUUCACAUGAAGGACACAACCAUCUACAACACUCAGGACGAAGACUCGCACUUCUUCUUCCACCUGGUCAUAAUCGCUUUCCUGGUGGCCAUAGUUUACAUCACUUACCACAACAAGAGAAAGAUCAUGCUCCUGGCUCAGAGUCGGCGCUGGAGGGAGGGGCUGUGCUCCCGCAGUGUGGAGUAUCAUCGUCUCGAUCAGAACGUGCACGAGGCCAUGCCCUCGCUCAAGAUGACCAACGACUACAUCUUUUAAUCAGCUUUUAAUCACAGCGAGGUUCUAAAUGAGGAAUGUGAUUGGCUGAUUUUUGUGCACACUGUGCUGAUUUAAGGAGACGGACACUUCCGUACUUGGCUCGUUGGCUUUGUGCUGCAGUACCCGAGUUACUCUCUUUAUGGGUUGGGGAUAUUCCUGGUGUUUCGGGCUGUUUAUUUUUUUUAUUAUUAAUUUGAUAAAUAUAUAAUUUGGAAUUUGUUGGGUGGGUGGUGUUUAUGUAAUUGUUAGUUAGGUUGUGUAAAUAUUUUAAAUAUUAAAUUGAACAGCACUGGAGUGCUAAUGCCAGUUCUCUUUAUGUGAGGAAAAUGUGUAAAAUGAGUUAAUAAUAAUAAUAAUAAUAAUAAUAAUAAUAAUAAUAAUAUGUAAUUAUAGCACUAAGAUUCUCUUGUAGCUGAAAAUUAUUCUAAUGAUUCAUUGAAGUGCUCUUAGUUUAUGGUGAUUUAUUUUGGAAGUAAAUUGUUUACACCUCUGUUUCUCCUCUUGAUUAAGCUCAUUAAGGCGAAUCAUGGCUUGAACACUUUUUUGAUUUGUUUUAUUUUCUUUAAGUUUCUUUUUCAGAAAUGAACAUUAGUUUUGUUGCUACAGCUUUGAAGCAGAAGAGUGUGACGCUUUGCUCUGCAGCCCCGGGGCCGGUCCCUUUUCUUAUUUUUUAUGGCUUCAGUGAAGUCUCUCUCUCUCUCUCUCUCUCUCUCUCUCUCUCUCUCUCUCUCUCUCUCUCUCUCUCUCUCUCUCUCUCUUUCUCGCUCUCCCUCUCUCUCUCUCUCUCUCUCUCUCUCUCUCUCUUUCUCGCUCUCCCUCUCUCUCUCUCCCUCUCUCCCUCUCUCUCUCUCUCUCUCUCUCCCUCUCUCUCUCUCUCUCUCUCUCGCUCUCUCUCUUUCUCGCUCUCGCUCUCUCUCUCUCUCUCUCUCUCUCGCUCUCUCUCGCUUUCUGUCUUUCUGUCUCUCUUUUUCUCUCUCUCUCGCUGAUAAUCAUUCUUAAUGUUCUGUGAAAAGUAAACUUUGUUUUAAAUGAUCUAUAACGUGGUUAAUUAUUAUUAUUAUUAUUAUUUUGUUUGUUUAGUUGUUACAUCACGCAUUGCUUUACGUCAGUUUAUACUUUCUGCUUUUGGGCGUUGCCAAAUGUCUGGUGAAAUAUUCACAUUUAUGUGCAAAUCACGAUAAAACUGCAGAUACAGUGCCGUCUGAGAGUAGCUGUGUAGAAAUUUUAUUUUUAUCAGAAUAUCAGCAUGAUCAGACCAGGGAUGCAAGAAAAUGGAUAUUUUUAAAAUUCUAUUCUAUUCUAGUCACACAUUCAGCUCUAUAGAUACAUCAUUUUUUGCCAUUUUUGUCGUAUAUUAUUCCAGCUAUGUGUUGAAUUGGAUUGCAUAUUUUAGCUAAAAUAAUAAUGUCGUCACUGAUUGGUCCAUCUCUUUCUGUUAUUCAGUCAAACAUAAAAAAAAGUUUAAAUAUUUUACAAAUAUUUUUGGUUGCCAGAUAUUUUGUGUAUCCCUAGAACAGAGCAAUAUAAAUGUUCUGAAAUGAUCUAGAAAAGAAUCUUAUCUCCCUCCAGUUACUCUCAGACUGUACUGUAGAGCACAGAGUACACAGGCCUUAUUCACCUGUGAAAACACACACACACACACACACACACACACACACACACACCUGUCCACCUGUUUCUCAUUGUUCUUUCUUUAAAGUUGAUUAUCUCAGUAAAUAGCAGAAUCCUCGUGCUGCUCUUGUUCACGCAGCUGCAGAACGCUCGUCUUCACGCAUGUAAUCGACGAUAAACACAGUGAUCAGAGAUUCUCCACAAUAAUAAAGCACAAAGUGUGAAAA